AUGGCGGACUUCAAUCUCCAAGAAAUUCAUGAUUUCAUGAUCUCAAUCGCCAAACAAGCCGGCGAACGCAUCGUCGCUGCGAAGCCAACUACUGAAGGCGCAGGGAACAAAAAGAACUCCGUCGACCUUGUAACUGAAACGGACCAAGCCGUCGAAGCUUUAAUAUCCUCUUCUCUCCGCGAGAAGUAUCCAGACUUCUCCUUCAUGGGUGAAGAAACAUACAAGCCAGGCGAUAAAUUGACAACAGCCCCAACAUUUAUCUGUGAUCCCAUCGACGGCACAACAAACUUCGUCCAUCGUUACCCUUACGUCUCAAUCUCCUUGGGCUUCGCGGUCGAUUUGGAGCCAGCGAUCGGCAUCGUAUACAACCCAUUCACUGCGACAUUAUACUCGGCCAUAAAGGGCCAAGGUGCAUAUUUGAACCUUACACAUAAAUUGCCGCUUGCGCCACCGACGCCGUUGGAAACGCUGAAUACUUGCCUUGUGGCGGUCGAAUGGGGUUCGGACCGGAGUGGGAAUGAUUUCAAGGUCAAGAGCGAGACAUUCAAGCGCUUAGCUGCGACCAAAGAAAAUGGCGGUGGGAUGGUACAUGGACUGCGGUCCUUUGGGUCUGCGGCAUUGAACUUGUGCGGCGUAGCUAGUGGAGGCCUGGACAUCUACUGGGAGGCAGGAUGUUGGGCGUGGGAUGUUUGUGCUGGAUGGGUCAUUCUGACAGAGUCUGGUGGCAGGAUGGUGGAUGCGAACCCUGGUAAUUGGAACCCGAGGAUUGAUGAGAGGAGGUAUUUUGCUGUUCGCGGUGGUGAGGGACAGAAAGAGGUCAUUGAGGAGUUUUGGGGUUUGGUUGAUGGUGCGUUCGAGGUCGGCGUAUAA